AUGAGGAAAGGUCUCCACAUUGGUCUCAUUACCAACGCCUUCCGCUAUCUUCCUUUUGGAAAGGCUUUAAACCUUGUUUCCUUAGAAGGGUGCUUUUCUGUAUUAGACCUGGGGGACCUCUUACUCUACUUACAAUAUUCCAAGGCCCAAGAAAGGACUUUCCCAUUACAACCGAAAACCCGGAAGAUUCAGAACAUGAUUAGGAACAAGUGCCCCUCUCCCGUUGUUCAACAACCACAACCCUUCCAGCCGGAACCCGCGGGGUUCGACCUAAAUCUGCCUCAAGGGGGGGCGGAGCCCGCCGUCGGGAUAGAGCGAGACUUUUUUGAUCUAAACCUACCUGCUCAACCGGAGCCGGGGGAGAUUGAGGAUAUCGGGAGUAGGUUCUCGAAAAAGGAGCUGAUUAGCAUGGGCCUGCCUGCGAACCUACAGAAUUUAUCAUUAGAACAGCAGCAAGACCUCUGGUUGCGGGCUUGGGAGCAUUUCCGGCUCAAGGUCCCAAAUAAUAGAACUCUUUAA